GUUCGUCACCUCCCCGGUUAAAACACCAUUUGAAUCAACAACUGAGUUACACAUGUGUUCAAGUUCAACCUAUCGCUAGUAGUCUAAUUUUCACUAAACUCAUUCGAGUUUAUCUCUAUAUUCCAAGUGACCGUGUUAAGAGUUUAUCAAUAUUUAAAAAUGUCCGAUUUGUUACAAAAAUUUGUUACCGAUGGAUAUGCGGUUAUGGAAGGAUUUCUUACAAACGAAGAAGUGGAUGCUUUAAAACAAGAAUCAGAAAAAUUAAUUGAAUCGAUGCCUGAAAAAUCGCAAAGAUCAACUUUUAGUUCUGCUGAAUCAACACAGAAUAAAAAUAAGUAUUUUCUGGAAAGUGCGGAUAAAAUCAGUUAUUUCUACGAAACGGGAGCUAUCGGGAGCGAUGGAGAACUUCUAGUUCCUGAAAACAAAGCUCUAAAUAAAAUCGGACAUGCUCUUCACGAAUUAAACGAUGUUUUCAGAGCCAUAACUUUAGAUGUUCGAGUAAAGGAAACUUGUUUUCAAUUGGGGUUUCAAGAUCCUGUGAUACCUCAAAGCAUGUACAUUUUUAAGAAUCCAGGAAUUGGCAGCGUUGUUAUUCCCCAUCAAGAUGCUUCAUAUCUUUACACAGAACCAACGAAAAUAAUCGGUUUUUGGAUAGCCCUUGACGAUGCAACCGUAGAAAAUGGAUGUUUACGUUUUAUAAAAGGUUCUCAUAAAAGCGGUGUACACAGAAGGUAUUUAAGAAAUCCGGAUGAAUCAUCAGAAGAUUUUUUGAUUUACGAUAAACCAGCGCCGUUUUACCAAAUGAGUUCUUUCAUUCCAGUCCCAGUACCAAAAGGGUCUUGCAUUUUGAUUGAUGGUCAGGUGGUUCAUUUUAGCGAAGCAAAUCGAUCGGGAAAGUCGCGACAUGCUUAUACUUUCCAUGUUAUCGAAAAUCAGAACACGAAAUAUUCUAAGGAAAAUUGGUUACAAUAUCCUGAAGAUAAAUCUUUUAUGCAAUUGUAUAAAAAUUAAUUGUUAAUACUAAUUAAAAGUAAACGUUUUUAUUCAAUUAA